AAGAAAACAAAAGUGCACAAAACAAAGUUGAAAUAAACUUUGCCAAAAUGUCGCUGAACCUUUGACAACAACAACAACAACAAGUAAAAACAUUUCAAGAGUGAAUAAAAAUAACAACAACAACAAAAGCACACCGCGGACAGUGUGUUUGGAUGCCCAUGUAUUUGUUGAUGCCAUGCAAUUGAUUGUUGACAAAAUUCCCAUGUAUUCCAAGCAAACAACGAAGCGCAAUUCCAAAAAAAAAAAUGAUGAAAUGAACCAGCAGGCGGGCUCCUCAAGGGCGCCAGCCACAGGGGGCCAAAUCUCACCGCCAGGUGGCAGCACCAUCAUCAACAAUAACAACAGCAGCAGCAACAGCAACAGCGUCUCCGACGCACAGCAGCACCAGCAGCAACAGCAGCAGCAGCAACAACAACAACAACAGUACUACAAUCAACAGCAGCAACAGCAAUACCAGCAACAGCAACGCGAAAGUUUUUUGGCCUACCAGCAACAACACCAGCAACACCAGCAGCAGCAACAUCAACAUCAACAGCAGCAGCAUCAGCAACAUCAGCAACAUCAACAACACCAACAACGCUCGGCGGGCGGCGGAGGCAACUUUAUGCUAGCCAAUGAGCUCGUCGGUGGCGACAGCCUGCGCAGUUUGAACAACACCUUCGGUCCCAAUUCGGAGUUCACAUCGCUGGGCGGCAGCAGCUCGGCCAGUUCCUUGGGUGCUUUGAGCAACGCCAGCAGCAACUCCGGCCAGGCACAAGGCGGCAGCAGCAGCAGCAACGUUAGCGGCGUCGGCGGCACUGGUUACCCUAAUAUGGUGGCAGCCAGCCAGCAGCAGCAACAACAGCAGCAGCAACACAUGUCCAAUAUGGAAGCCAUGGGUGGUUACAGUCAGAUGGGUGGUGGCAUGCAUCCGGUUGCCAAUGGCGGUGGAAUGAUGGGCAACGGCAAUGGCCAAUACAUGAACGGCGGCGGACAGGGCGGCUAUAAUGGCCAAGGUCAAGCCGGCAUGGGCAUGGCCGGCAUGGGCUAUGGCAAUGCUGGCGCACAAAGGCAUCAUCAGAUGACGCCAAUGAACCAAAUGCAGAGCAUGUCGAUGGGUCCUGGUGGGGGUAUGCCCGGCAUGCAGCAGCAGAUGGGCGCCAUGAAUCCGAUGGCCAAGAUGCAGGGCAUGGCCAAUGGCGGCUAUCCGCAACAGCAUCCGCCGCAGCAGCAGCAGCGCCGCAUGGCGCCCUAUCCACAUCCGCAGAUGCACAUGGCACAGAAGCGCGCCGGCGCUGGCGUUGGCGGCGGCCUCUAUCCGAAUCCUGCACAGCAGCAGCAGCAACAGCAACAGCAGCAGCCACCCCAAAUGUACGGUGGCCAGCAGAUGCAUCCCGGUGCCGGUGGCGGUGCCGGCGUACCGCUGCCCAUGCAAGCGGGUGCCGGCAAUGGCUAUGGACGUGCCGGUCCCAUGGGUGGUGGGAUUGGUGGUGCCGCUGGCGCCUACAGCCGUUUAUCAGCCGGCAAUGGCAUGGGUCCCAACGGUGGACCGGUUAUGGGGCCAGGCGGCGGUAAUCCUCUGAUGCCCAUGGGUGGCGCUGGCAUGGGACCCGGUCCCGGCUGCAUGGGACAGCAGCGAUUUGUGCCGCAAGGUGGCGGCGCUGGUGUCGGCUACGGCGCUGGCGCCGGCGUCCAUCAGGCGCAAUUCUAUCCCGGCGGCAAUGGCGGCGCCAUGGGCGUGGCCGCUGGUCAAGGCGGCAUGUGCCCGGCUGGACCGGGUGCCGUUGCCAGCACCGGCAAUCCCUACCAGAAUCAAGGUUUCCAGCAAAACUAUCAGCACAGUCCAGUUCCUGGCAAUCCGACGCCGCCGCUGACGCCUGCCUGCAGCGUGCCCUAUGUCAGCCCCAAUCCGGACAUCAAGCCGCCAAUGGAUAGCAGCGAAGAGAUGAGACUGACAUUCCCGGUGCGCGAUGGCAUCAUAUUGCCACCGUUUCGCCUGCUCCACAAUCUCUCAGUGAGCAAUCAUGUGUUCCAUCUGAAGCAGAAUGUCUACAACACACUGAUGUGCCGCACCGAUCUGGAGUUGCAGCUGAAAUGCUUCCAUCAAGACGAUCGCCAGAUGAACACGAACUGGCCGCACACCGUCACCGUCUCCGCGAAUGCCACGCCGCUCAACAUCGAGCGCUCCGAGAAGAACAGCACAGCGCUGCGUCCACUUUAUCUGAAGGCCGUCUGCCAGCCGGGACGCAAUACGCUCCAGCUGACCGCCAGUUCCUGUUGUUGUUCGCAUUUGUUUGUGCUGCAACUAGUCCAUCGGCCAUCGGUGCGCCAGGUGCUGCAGACGCUGCACAAGCGAAAUCUGUUGCCGCUGGAGCACAGCGUGCAGAAGAUCAAGCGCAACCUGAGCAUGCCCAGCGUGGGUGCGGACGGUGUCUCGAAUGGCGGCAGCCCGGAUGCCGCACAACAAUGCGCCAAGAUCUCAUUGAAGUGUCCCAUCACGAAGAGUCGAAUACGGUUGCCGGCACGUGGUCACGAGUGCAAGCACGUCCAGUGCUUCGAUCUGGAGGCUUAUCUGAUGAUCAACAGUGAGCGUGGCUCGUGGCGAUGCCCUGAGUGUAGCAAGUCGGCCAUCACAGACACCCUGGAGAUCGAUCAGUACAUCUGGGCCAUACUCAACACGCUGAGCACCUCCGAUGUGGAUGAGGUGAUCAUUGAUUCGUCGGCCAAUUGGCGCGCCUUGCAGCACAACGGUGGCAUGCCGAAUGCACCGCAAGCGGGCGCACCACCAGGCAAUGUGGCGCCACCCAAUGGCAGCGCCGCCACCGCCGGCAACAGCAGCGCCAGCAACAAUAAUAACAACAACAACAACAGCAGUAGCAGCAACAACAACAACAACAACAACAGCAGCAGUGUUGGCAGCGUGGGCUUGCCAGCUAUCAAGCAGGAGCUGUGCGAUGACAUUGCCAAGGUCAUGUCGCCCGGCUCCACGCAGCUGCCCACCUGGGACAACUCACAGGCGAUGAGUCCAUACAACAUGCACGACAUGAAUUCCAUUGCCAACGGCAACAUGAUGGGCAACAACAACGCCACCAACGGUGCCCAACUUGGCAAUCGCAGCAGCUAUGACAGCUUCAGUGGCAGCCACGGCGAUGGCAACAGUUUGGCCAACAGCGAUGGCGUCAACUCGCUGGAUCAGCUCAAUGCCAUGGAGAAAUCGCUAAGCGAUCAGAUGCCACAUACGCCGCACACUCCGGGCGCGGCCAGCCAUCCAAUGACGCCGGGUGGUCCACCCAGUGUCAGCUCGUCGCACAAUGAGCCCAUUAGCGGUGGCACGCCCAAUGCCUCCAAUAGUAACAACAACAACAACAGCACCGGACACAAUUCACCACAGACGCCGGGCACGCCCAGUCGCAGCUUGGGCAGCAGCACCAGCAUGUCCAACUCGGACAGCCAGCAGCAGCAGCAGCAACAGCAGUCACAGCAGGAGCAGCUGCUCAACUCCCUGAUGAGCAGUCAGACGCAACUGAAGUUCGAAAACGAUCUGAGUGCCGAGCUGCAGAAUUUUGAUCCCUCCGCCGCUGGCCUGGACAACAACGGGCACGAUUUGAAUCUUUUGCAAGACAUGGACCCAAUGGAAAUAUUGUCGUACCUGGAUCCGCAGCCGGAUUUGAAUACGCCACCGUCGAGUGGCAGCAGCAAUAACAAUGCCAGCGACGACUUGUUGGCCACGUUAUUCGAUUAAACGCGCCUGAGCUGGUAGCUGUGCAUUAUGGAGAGCAUGUUUGAGAAAUUCCUUAACAAAAAUGAUAACGAAAAACAAGAAAUAAAAUGGCCUAAACCAUUAUUGUAUAUAGUAUUAUUAAUUUUAAUGAAUUGUGCACUAUAGCGUACAGUCGCGUACUGCAAAAAAAAAAGAAAAAUAAACAUUUUCGUUUCCUCACACAUACAC